AAAGUAUGCUGGUUUCAAAGACUAAGUAUGAGAAAAAGAAUGUAAAAUGUCUCUGUAAUAUUUAUUACAUGUUAUGGUGUUAAUAUCUGAAUAUAGUGAAGUAAAUAAAGUAUAACCAUGUUAUGAUGUUAAUAUCUGAAUAUAGUGAAGUAAAUAAAGUAUAUUAAAACCAAAAAAAUUCAUCCCAGUGGAUCACACACAAAUAAAGACUUGAAAAUAAAAGGCAACUCUUAAGAAAAAGAGAGUCAAGGGGAGAAGGAGGGAGAUGAGAGGGAAUGAGCGUGAAAAUGACCAAAAUUCCUUGUGAAGAGCACGAAACUGUCAAUUAAAAAAUGGAAGAAGUAUCACACUAUAACCCAUAAAAAAGAACAUACACCAGUCAGGUAUCAAUUAAAACUAAACUUCAGUUUUAGACAUUUUGAAUUAUUAGCUGCUUGGAGUCAACUGCACUUGAGUUUUCCAAGGUUUAGAAUCCCAUAUAGAAAUACUGUGGCCCUCAAAACCUCUGGGACUAUGGGAAAGACAGAAACGGCAUUCCUAGCUCUCAACCUGUACAAAAACCAACUCAGAAUGAAACUAAACCUGGAACUUAAGACCCAAAACUUGGAAAGUACCGAAGGAAAACAUUUCAAGAUAGAAUACAGGCGAUGACUUUCUGACAAAGACCCCAAUAGCUUAAGUAAUUACAGGAAAAAAUUGACAGAUGUGAUUGCAAGAAAUGUGAAGGGUUUUGCAGUACAUAAGAAACGGUAGAAUAAAGAGACAGUCUGGAGAGCAGCAUGGGGGCACCUCACCAGAUGCUCACCCAAUCGGCGACUAAGAUAGAGAAUAUAGAAAGAAUUUUAAAAGUUGAACAUCAAAAAGAACAGAUGAGCUAAUAAAUAAAUGGGCAAUGAACAAAACGGGCACUUUUAAGUGGCCAAAAGUUCAACAAUUUAGCCAACUAAAACUACAUGGAGAUUCCAUGUCACUCUAGUCAGAAUGGUUUUCUACAAGAAAGAAGGAAACAAACAACACGGCAAGAAUUUGAUGGGGGGCUGGAGAGAUAGCUCAGAGGUUAAGAAUACUGACUGCUCUUCCAGAGGACCCGAGUUCAAUUCCCAGCACCCACAUGGCAGCUUGCAACUGUCUGUAAUGCCAGCUUCAGGGGACCCAACACCCAUGGCAACAACAUCAAUGCACAUUAAAAUAAAUAAAUUUUUAAAAAAGAAAACAAAAAAAAGAAUUCAAUGGGGUUGAGAACACUAAUAACGCUGAUGAGAAUGUAAAUAAGUCCAACUACUGCAGAAUUCAGUGUGGAGAUUCCUUGGAAUAUGGAAAAUAUAACUUGCACAUGAUUCAGCUAUACCCCUUCUGGGUAUACACCCAAAAGAAUCAAGUCAACUUACUCCAGCAUUGUCUGUAUACCUAUGUUUAUUGCAUCACAACAGCCAAGUUAUGGAACCAGCAUAGGUGGUUAGACAAGAAAUUGAGGUCUAUAUGCUCAGUGGAAUUUUUUCAGCCAUAAAGGAUAAUAAAAUAUAUCAAUUACAGAAAGAAAUGGAAACUAGAGAUCAUUGUGUUAAGCAAAAUAAGCUAGGCUCAUGAAGAUAAAUAUCUUGCUUUUUUUUUUUUACUUUUUGGUUUUUCUAGACAGGGUUUCUCUGUGUAGUUUUGGUGCCUGUCCUGGAUUUUGCUCUGUAGACCAGGCUGGCCUCCAACUCACAGAGAUCCGCCUGGCUCUGUCUGCUGGGAUUAAAAGCAUGCGCUACCACCGCCCAGCCAAAAGUAAAUAUCUUAUGUUUCUCUGACAUCUGAAAUCUAUGGAUAUAUAUAUUUUUAAAAAAAGGACAUGAAAGCAAAAGGGGUCUAUUGGGGAUUUGGAAGGAGAAAGAUGGGAAGAAGGCAAGAAAAGACUGUAGUGGGAAUGAAUAUGAUCAAAUUACAUUAUGCAUACGUGUAGAAAUAUAAUACAACUGCUUACUUUGUAUAAAAUGUAAUUCACUUUUAAGAAAAUUAAAACAAACAGCAAUUAUGCAGCUAUGAAAAUUUCAUUUUAACACAUAAGGGCAUGAAGGCAGCACCUUACAGCUCAGAUCUCCAUCACUUUUUAUAACAAAUGACACUUAGACAUAAAAGAGGAAGGAAGGAAGGCCAUGAUUUCUGAAUUACAGUCUUCCCCAAAGUGUCCCACUGACUGCAUGCUAACUUAGGCUUUUCCAACAGACUGGUGAAUACAUGGUAAUGGGCCAAUGUGGUCCACCGAUCAGUGCUAAGAGCCACAGUUCAAACUUGUCCCCAUGGAUCCUGACUAAACAAAAUGACUCCCUUUCAUACCCAUGGCGAUUACUACCAAGAGAGGAGGCUGUUUCCCUCCAAAGCCACCACAGUGUCAGCUUCAAGAUGAGAAACUUGUCUUCUCCAGCAGCUCCUGGCUUCUCUCUCUAGUGUAUCCUACAAGGACAGGAGCACCAAGGAGCCUCCUUGGUUCACCUGAGUUCAUACUGUCCAAACUGAAACAAGUGCCGCAAGUUUCUGAAAGCCGAAGUCUAAUCAGGAUCAUUUAGAUCAUUAAUGCUCCCCCAUAAUUAAGUCAAUUUCUGAUUAGAAUUGUUAUUUCAGCACAGCUGGGUGGAACAAGGUUCAACUGUGGUAUCUUAAUAGCAACAGAGUUCCAAUGACGAAAGAACGGGAGAGCACUUUGUUCUUCAUACACAGAGGGGCUGCUCUUGGCUCCAGGGUCAUCAGGGAAGUUUUGAGUUAAUCCCAAAGGAGAACAGUUGAGCUGGCUUCACACUCCUUCUUGCCAAUAGUGUCUAAGGGCAGGCUUGGUUUGAAAUAAGAAUAUGGUGACGUGUGAGAACACGGGGAAAAUAUCAACCUCACACAGUAUACAACAUAUUUACACUUCAUAAUCAUUGCUUCUUCAUGUACCUAUGAAAUAGAUAGUAGGAUUCCUGUUUGGUAGACAAAGUAAGUGAGGAUCAGACAGCUUGAUCACUCAAUAAUCAAUAAAUACUGAGUGCCUCCUCUGUGGAGGGAUUGCAUGAGCUCCUGUGACUUGCCCAUGGUGACACAGUUGACAAUAGUAAGGACCCAAACCCAGUCACCAAACUCAUGCCCAUUCCACUCUGUGGCUGCCCCUCAGAGGUCUGAGUCACCAUACAUCAUCACAGGACAUCCAAGACAAAGGACCAUGGUGGGAAGGACCCCGGAGUCUUGUCUUGUUAGUUUUCACCUCUUCAAGUAAAGUCAGUAUUGAUGAUCAAAAUACCCGCUAUCCACAGGAACAACUCAAAGUAACCUAGAGUCAUGUUAGUUACAAUGCUGUCCAUGGUAUACCAUCCAGAACUGGCAGCAGGGGACUCAUGAACCCUCACAACCAAUAGGAAAAGCAGAAACACCCCCAACAACGCAUUCAUUGUUGUUGAGUUAAACCAAAGUAGAGAAACUGUGGCAAAAAAAGAGUUGGAUUCUAAAGUUUUGAGAAUUUCCAAAGUAAUCAAACAGCAAAAUCUGAAAGAUACUACUCCUUAGACUAGCGUCUGGGAGAUCUCCAGAUUCCCUUCAGCUGCUGCUUCACAAGUCUGGAACCUAUUCCUCAAGUAUCAUCCUCUGGUUAUGGCAUGCAACCCAUAUCAGACAUUUUGAAAACAAUUUCUGCCAUCCACUCUUGGCCGGCUCCAAUGACCAACCUGCUCACAGUUACAUCAGAGAAGUGGCCAGUCAUACACUAAACGCCUAUCCCUAUCCCAAGAAUUCCAAAUCUUCAUGAAUGGGUCAAUCCUUUGCUUGCAAUCACAAGGAGGUGGGGCCAAGAGUUACUAGUCACGUAACUGGGGCCAGACUCAAGGAGGUGCUUGAUCAAUAGAUGAGUCAGACAGAGCAGGCUAAGAGUAUAAAACCUCAGGAGCCCCAGUGUUCCUCACAUCACCAUCAUCUCCUUCCCUCACUCACCUCCCCUGGUGCUUCGGGUAAGUGUGGGCUCUCCUGGCUCUCUGGUCUCUCCAGCUGGCCUUGCUCAGCUUGCAGAGGUUAAGGGACAGGACCCCUCUCCCCCUUUGGAAGCUACUACAUUGGUAUUAAGAAGGGGUUUAGGAAAGCAGUGGUAAGCUGCUGCUGGGCUGGUGAUAUUUCUUGGUCUUCUAGCCAGAAUGUUAAACUCUGCCAAGAGAGUACUGCCUCUUACAGAGGCUCUGAGGGCUAGAACGCAGGAAAGCUCUGCAGUGGAUGCCCAAGGCAUCCUGCCAUGGACUGAAUGAACCUUAUGAACCUGUCAGGAGAGGCUGAACACACUAUCAGAGAGUCGGGAGGAUAAGCCAUGGAAUGAUGUUAAUGGGAGAUAUUAGAGGAGCCAUUUAAACCCAAGCCCUGCUUUAUGGAGGCAGAUGUUCUGACAGAUAAAUGACUUGUGAGAUGCUGGGCUACAAGUUCCUACUAGCUGCAGUUCUCUACCAAACUUAGACUCCUGCAUAUCCUCAAAAAGAUGCCUGCCAUCUUCUGGUCAGAUGUGCUGGUCCAAACGGUUCAGUACCCUUCCCACUUUUUGCAGGCAGAACCACAGGAGAGCUGCUUUGUCUAAUAAUUGGCCCUUGGAACAUAUCCUCAUUCCGUAGGACAGAUCAAGAGUUUGAACUGAGGGCUAUUGCAGAAAAAGAGUCCUACAGUCCACUAAUGUCCAAACAAAACUUUCCUCUUGGUGUGCUGGGAAUGGGUAAAACCCAGGUGGAGAUUUAAUGCAAUUUUCCAUUGAGCUUAGAAACAUGACUGGGACUUGGGAGCACCCUAAGGGAAGGAGUGUUCCUUGAUAGAAGAUAAGAAGUAGACAGGAAUGUGGGUGCUCUGACCUCCAAAUCACACAGCAGAAGUCAGGCACAGUUGAGGGAAAAGGGAGGCACCGCUAAUGGGGCUUUUGUCCUAGCAAGAACUCUCCAGUCCCUGAAUGGAGUCUAGAAGCCUGGUCUGCAUGUGCUGGGAGUCAGAAGGAUGCUGCCAUGGAUGCAGCUGAUUCCUUCACAGCAUCCUCUUGCUGCUGGUCCAAUGAUGCUCUUCUGCUCUUCCUGCAGGGUUCUCCUUCUCCUUAAACAAGAUGUCUCACCAGAAAAAGCAGCCCACUCCCUGUCCUCCCGUGGGUUGUGGAAAGACCUCCGGUGGAGGAGGCGGUGGCGGCGGCGGUGGUGGCGGCGGCGGAGGCUGUGGCUACUAUAGCGGUGGUAGCGGUGGCGGCUCCAGCUGUGGAGGUGGCUCAUCUGGAGGAGGCUCCAGCUGCGGAGGCGGAGGCGGCGGCUCCUACGGAGGCGGUUCCAGCUGUGGCGGAGGAGGUGGCUCCGGUGGGGGCGUCAAGUACUCCGGGGGCGGCGGUGGCUCCAGCUGCGGCGGCGGCUACUCCGGGGGCGGCGGUGGCUCCAGCUGCGGCGGCGGCGGCUACUCCGGGGGCGGCGGUGGCUCCAGCUGUGGCGGCGGCGGCGGCUAUUCCGGAGGCGGCUCCAGCUGCGGAGGCGGUGGCGGCUCCGGUGGGGGAGUUAAGUACUCCGGUGGCGGCGGCGGCGGCUCCAGCUGCGGCGGCGGCUACUCAGGCGGGGGCGGCGGCUCCAGCUGCGGCGGCGGAUCAGGAGGAGGCGGCGGCGGCUCCUACUGCGGAGGCUCCUCCGGAGGCGGCGGCUCUGGUGGCUGCGGUGGUGGCUCCGGAGGGAGCAAGUACUCCGGCGGCAGCAGCGGCGGCGGCUCCAGCUGCGGGGGCGGCUACUCCGGCGGCGGCGGCGGCUCCAGCUGUGGCGGCGGAGGCUACUCCGGAGGCGGCGGCUCCAGCUGCGGCGGCGGCGGCGGCUACUCUGGCGGCGGCGGCGGCAGCUGCGGAGGUGGUUCCUCCGGUGGCGGCGGCGGUGGGUCCGCGCAACAGUAUCAGUGCCAGAGCUACGGAGGCGGCUCUAGCGGGGGCGGCUCCAGCUGCGGUGGCGGCUCCUCCGGGGGCGGCUCCAGCUGCGGUGGAGGCUACUCCGGGGGCGGCGGCUCCAGCUGCGGUGGUGGCUCCUCCGGGGGCGGCUCCAGCUGCGGAGGAGGCGGCGGCUAUUCCGGUGGUGGCGGCGGCAGCUGCGGCGGCGGCGGCUCCUCCGGUGGCGGCAGCGGCGGCUACUACUCGUCGCAGCAGGCCACCCAGAGCUCCUGUGCCCCCCAGCAGAGCUACGGAGGGGGCUCUUCAGGCGGAGGUGGUAGCUGCGGAGGUGGCUCCUCUGGUGGCGGCGGCGGCGGCUGCGGUGGAGGCUACUCCGGUGGCGGCGGCUGCGGCGGAGGCUACUCCGGUGGCGGCGGCGGCGGCUGUGGCGGCGGCUCCUCCGGGGGUGGCAGCGGUGGUUGCGGAGGCGGCCACUCCGGGGGCGGCGGCGGCGGCGGCUCUAGUUGCGGCGGCGGCUCCUCUGGGGGCGGCUCUGGAGGUGGCAAGGGCGUCCCGGUCUGCCACCAGACCCAGCAGAAGCAGGCGCCUACCUGGCCCUGCAAGUAAGGUCCCCAGGUUGCCACGGAGACAAAGGAGCUGGAGGUGUUCUCCGUGGGUGCCGGCAGGCUUAACUUUCUCAUGAGAUUGCCCGAGGGUCUUCGAGGUUUCCAGACCCUUCACAUCUUAACAACCCCGCCCUCCUGCCCCAGAAGAAGCCAUUGAGUCACUCAAGCUGCACCUUGUUCUGCAGAUGUUCCAUCUUGGUUUCUGAAUGACUACCUCCCAACUCCAGUACCUCCUCACUCAAUAAAUUUGCAAUUCAUGAGAA